AUGGAACCUAUCUUUGCUAACCCCUUCAUGAGGAACCAGAUACUGUCAACAGUUCCCGAUUUCUCUAAGAUUGAACCAUUCAAUGGAACCAAUUACAAGUGUUGGAGACAAUACCUAUUGUUUGCUUUAGAGCAAUUAGGGGUAGCUUUUGCAUUGACCGAACCAAACCCACUAAACAUGGAGGAACCAACCCGUUCUAUUGUUGUAGAACACUGGACUACAGCCGAUCACCUCUGCACCAACCAUAACCUAAACUGCUUGUCUGAUGAACUGUACAAUGUUUAUUCUUCCUAUAAUUAUGCCUAUGAAAUCUAUAAUGCAUUGGACACUAAGUAUGCUCUAGAAAAUGCCGAAAAUAAGAAAUAUGCCAUUGCCAACUUCCUGCACUUCACCAUAAAAGAAGACAUGGACGUGUCUGCCCAAAUAGAUGAGUUCCGGGUUCUUGUGGGGGAACUAGCAAAGGAAGACAUGGUACUGCCAGAUGAAUUCAUUGCCAGUUCUCUCAUAGAAAAGCUGCUACAUGCAUGGAAUGAUUUCAAGACCAGUAUGAAGCAUAAGAGAAAUGACACUACUUUGGACCAAGACUGGUACCGAAAUAAGGACUCUGGGAAACCGAAGGUCAAUUUGACUGGGGAUGUUAUCGCGACAGUGGUGACUGAAGUAAACUUAGUUGAUAAGCCGAAGGAAUGGGUACUAGACAUUGGUGCUACCAAGCACAUCUGUGGAGUCUGCAAUUCCUUCUAUGAAUAUACAACUCUAUCUGAAGGAGAUCAAGUCUUCAUGGGAAACUCACAAACUUCGAAGGUCAUCGGAAAAGGAAAAAUACUCCCAAAACUGACUUCAGGAAAAAUCCUAAUGCUGAAUGAUGUGCUACAUGUGCUGGAGAUCCGGCGGAACUUGGUAUUGGGAGCACUCCUCAAUAAAGUGGGACUAAAGCUCAAAUUUGAAGCAGACAAGGCAGUGUUAACUAAGAAUAAUGUAUUUAUUGGAAAAUGA